UCCCGGAGAGGCCCGGUUCGGGGAGGCGGGGCCCGGCCUGGCAAGAUGGCGCAGUCCACGCUCUUGCGGUUCCUCCCUAGGCUGCUCGCCCCGGCCAGGCUCACGGGGGGCUCGUCGGCGCGGUCAAAGUUCUAUGUUCGGGAGCCGGUACAUGACAAACCUGACUGGCUGAAAGUUGGGCUGACCUUGGGCACUUCCGCCUUCUUGUGGAUCUAUCUCAUCAAGCAACAUAGUGAAGAUGUUUUAGAAUAUAAAAGAAGAAAUGGGUUGGAAUAAACUUUUAAAAUAUGAAUACAGUAUGCUCCAUAUUCCAGUGAAAGCAGUUCCAUUCUGUUCAAUUGUAAACGUGAGAGAAAAGUUAUAUGUGAAGAUAUGUCAUUAGCAUUUGUGUUUUGCACCAUUAAAUGAAAAAAUAAAAAUAUUUCUGUAUUCUUCA